GACAUUUACGAGUCGUCCCUUUUUUAUUAUUAAUGUACACUAGUUGUACUGCUGUUUUUUUCUUUUGCCGUUCUAACUCUCGCUCGCUGUCCGGAUGGCAUGUUGUCACAAGAUGGCGCCAAACCCAGAUAAUCAAUAAACAUGGUCAGCAGUUGGGAAACAAGUUUUGUCUAUGAUUCAUCAAGUUUUGGCCUGUGUGCUGAUUAAUGUUUUCCUACUGCUGGGGAUAACGAACCAACACUGGUAAUGUGAUAAAAACACACACACACAGGACGACAAAACACGGUGACAUCAUAAAAUGUGUACGUUCUAGUGAGGCUAUUUAGUUGUAGUAAUCAUUGAAUCAACACUAUGAUCUUUAUCACCAUCAUGGUGGUCUGGGGAUGCUCUCUUUUUCUGCCCCAGUAAGUUGUCACACAGACACACGAGGGGAGGGGGGUGUUUACACCGACAGACCACACAUACCCUGACCUCCCCUCUGUGAGAGGACGGAGGAGACCUCCUGUCCUGCCCUCACUCAAACAACUACACCCGGACUGGACCACCGACACGGAAGCGGAGAGGCGCUGACACCGUGCGCUGUUUCCUUCCCCCGAGCCGGCGCGCAGUUUCCCCCCACGGAGCCAGCUGCCUGCCUUUUGCCUGCGCUGUCUGCCUGCGAAAAAAAGUGAUGCUGUCAUAGCCCCCUGCGCCGCGGACAGAGAGCCUCUCUCCCCUCCCGCACCCCCCUCCUGGUUCCUCUCUGGCUGGCUGUCGCGGCGGCAGUGCGGAUGUGGAGCCCGCAACGCAGCGCUCUUCAGCCGUCGGCAAGCAUCGGAGAAGAAGAUGAAAUGUUUUUCCCGUUACCUCCCGUACCUCUUCCGCCCUCCGAGCACCAUCCUCUCCUCCACUUGCCACACCGAAGCUGACAUUAUCUCAACGGUCGAGUUUAACUCAUCGGGGGAGCUGUUGGCCACCGGGGAUAAAGGAGGCAGAGUGGUUGUCUUCCAGAGGGAGCAGGAGAGUAAGAGCCAGCCCCAGCGUCGAGGGGAGUACAAUGUUUACAGCACAUUCCAGAGCCACGAGCCGGAGUUUGACUACCUGAAGAGUUUGGAGAUCGAGGAGAAGAUCAACAAGAUCAAAUGGCUUCCUCAGCAGAAUGCCGCCUACUUCCUGCUGUCCACCAACGACAAGACAGUGAAGCUGUGGAAAAUCAGCGAGAGAGACAAGCGUCCGGAGGGCUACAACCUGAAGGAUGAGGACGGACGGAUCAGAAACCCAUCGACCAUCACAUCGCUACGGGUGCCAGUGCUGCAGCCGAUGGACUUGAUGGUGGAGGCGACAGCCAGGCGUGUGUUCAGCAACGCCCACACCUACCACAUCAACUCCAUCUCCGUCAACUCUGACCUGCAGACGUUCAUCUCCACGGACGACCUCAGAGUGAACCUGUGGAACCUGGAGAUCACCGAUCGCAGCUUCAACAUUGUGGACAUCAAGCCGGCCAACAUGGAGGAGCUGACGGAGGUGAUCACCUCAGCGGAGUUUCAUCCCCAGCAUUGUCACACCUUCGCCUACAGCAGCAGCAAGGGCUCAAUACGCCUGUGUGACAUGAGACAGGCUGCGCUCUGCGACAAACACUGCAAAUACUUCGAGGAGCCAGAGGAUCCCUCCACGCGCUCCUUCUUCUCUGAAAUCAUCUCCUCCAUCUCUGACGUGAAGUUCAGUCACAACGGGCGCUACCUGAUGACAAGGGACUACCUCACUGUCAAGGUGUGGGAUCUUCAAAUGGAGAACAAACCACUAGAGACGUACCAGGUUCACGACUAUUUACGAGGCAAACUUUGUUCUCUGUAUGAGAAUGACUGCAUCUUUGACAAGUUUGAGUGUGUCUGGAAUGGAUCGGACAGCGUCAUAAUGACCGGCUCCUAUAACAACUUCUUCCGAAUGUUUGACCGUAACACUAAACGUGACGUGACACUGGAAGCGUCCAGGGAGAACAGCAAACCCAGAGCCAUUCUCAAGCCUCGAAAGGUGUGUGUAGGUGGGAAGCGUCGUAAGGAUGAGAUCAGUGUUGACAGCCUGGACUUCAGCAAAAAGAUCCUUCACACUACGUGGCACCCGCAUGAGAACAUCAUCGCUGUAGCGGCCACCAACAACCUCUACAUCUUUCAAGACAAGGUCAACUAACGGGCGGUCUGCCCCCCGCUGACCCCCCACACACACGGGAGGUGUGGGUUGGAGAAAGAGCGAGAUGGAGCCCUUAUCUACAUCCUUCUCCUCCUCCCCCUGUGUCUUGUUGCUGCCGGUCUUGAAUUUCACUGCAGAGAUGAAUAUCCAGUGACUCAACUUUGGGAAGUGAUACAACCUGGAUACAACUUCGAGGGGGAAAAAAAGCUCCUCAAAAAUCAAGGAUGGACUUUCAUUCUUCAAUUUGACUUCUCAUUUAAUUUAUUUCAGCCACGCAGACACCCGGAGAAGAAAGUGAAUCCUGUGCAUUUAUGCAACAAGAGGAUUGCUGCAUGAGUACCGUGAUGUAGCAGCCCUCUGCGCCGCGAAGAGAGGGGCACACUGAACACAAAGUAGAGCACACAGACAGAAACCUAGCUUACAUGACGGUGGCUCAUUGUCAUGUAGCAACAGUGCCCCCUCUCGUUCAAUCCGCUCAUGCUACAGUGCAUGUGAUCGACCCCGCGGCCUCUGACUGAGGCAGAGUCUCGGACUGUGCAGAGUUCCUACAAAUGAGGAAGAGACUGUUAAUCUGUGACCCCACAAACUGAGAGUUUUUCUCUGCCUGUGACACAACGUGGUCAGUCUUUCUAGUACCAAUUGUGUGUCUCCCUCACCUGGUGAGACUGCUGUAGUCUGUAAUGUGAAUGAAGCCCUUCCAGGCUGUGUCAAUGGUUUUAUUUAAUGCUGUUGUUUUAUUGAGUCCUUCUCUCGGUCGAUGAGUCUGUUUAGAAGCUGUGGUGCCUUCUUUUGGUAUGUGGGGGUUUGAUGUAG